AUGACGGAGGUUUCAUCUACCCGACUCUAUCUUGGGAAUCUUCCCCGCAAUGUCACCAAACAGGAUAUCGAGGAACACUUCAGUACUCAUGGCUCCGGUAAGAUUACGGAGAUCAAGCUGAUGAACGGCUUUGGCUUCAUCGAAUAUGAGGAUGCCAUGGAUGCUCGUGACGUUGUACCGGAUGGCAGUGACUUCAAAGGCGAGCGACUGACAGUGCAGUUUGCUCGCGGUCCUCGACGCAAGGAGAACUUCCCUGGUCCCCCGGAUCGCCCGGCGGUUCCUCGUCCUCGUCGCACCAUGUUCCGGAUGCAGAUCUCCGGUCUUCCUGAAACUAGUUGGCAGGACCUGAAAGACUUUGCUCGCCAGUCAGGACUGGAUGUGGUCUACUCCGAGACCGGCCGUGAACAAGGCAGAGGGUUUGUUGAAUUCGAAACUGCAAACGACCUCAAGACCGCCGUGGAGAAGCUGGACCAGCACGAGUUCAAAGGCUCUCGCGUGACCUGCGUUGCGGAUAGCUUUGAAGACCGUCCCUACCGGGAGCCAUACCGGUCUCGCUCCCCACGCCGGCCCUAUCCUCCCAUGGAUGACUACGACCGAAGGUUCCCUGCGCCCCGUGGAUACAGUCCCCGGGAGCACUAUCGUGAACGAUCACCCGCUCCCAUGCGCGCAGGCUACUAUGAUCGCGAUGGCUAUGGACGCCGCACGCCCCCGCGUCCCCGGAUGGAAGACUAUCCCCCUCCCCGUCGUCCAUACGAGGACCCCUAUGAUGCCCGGCCUCCGCCGCCACCGCGCCACUACGAUGACCCUUAUCUAGCAGCCCGUCCGUAUGGUCGCCCGCGGUCCCCUCCUCGGGGUGAGUACGUUGGAUAUGAGCGUCCGCGCUACUGGUAG